UUUUUUUUGUUGUUUUACGUGCGCGUUAAAAUUUUUGCAGCUUAUUUAUUAUUAUUUUUAGGGGUACGGAAAAUUAGGAAAAAUAAUUUAAUGCUUUUAAGUGAUAUUAAAAGAACGUCAACAAACGCGGCCUUCGUAGACGGAAGAUACUUAGGUAAUACAGGAAUUUCGAUUGGGGCCGUGAAAAUCGUAUGUGCGAAAACUGUUAAGAAAAAUCGGAAAACAAGGAAAAGCCAGCUUAUAAAAUGCACAUACGACUGCAUUUAGUGCGCUUCAUGUACAUCAAUUUAAUACUAAGCUGCUGUUUCUGGCUAUACGACAAUGUGGCUGCAGCAGAUGUGGACACAAAGAGCGGUGGUGGGUUAGCAGAUGCAGAUGCAGCCACAGCUGCGGCAGCGGAACAAGCCAGCGCCCAGCACCGACAUCAGCCCGAGGCGCCACCAAAGCCAGCCACAGUGACGCCGGAGCCCCCACCCGACAGAACACUGAAAAAGGUGGCUGCCACAACCGCCGACACACAUCCAGCGGCGGCAGAUAGGGAGCCUCUAGUGGAGUCCGAUUAUGGCAAUCGGCCAAGAACUAGUGAAAAACCGAAAAAAGCAAAGGGGGUGGCGGCGGCGACCACCUCUGGCAGAGACACGUCAGUGCAUGGUGGCAAAGUCUUGGAGGCGGCAUCAGCGCCGCCGCAUAGUGUAAAUAGCCAUAGUGAAUAUGUUAGUGCGGUUCCCGUUAGUGAAUUGAAUUUAGCUGCUAAUGAAAGGCACGAGCUACCUGGUGAAGCGGCAGCCCAAGUGCCAAAUAAUCAAUUAAAUAAUAAUAAUUAUAAUUAUAUUAAUGCUGGAAAUCCGCAUAGUGUUAGUGAAUCUGAACAGUUAGAGCCACCAAAGGAAAAGCAGCAGCAGCAACAGCAACAGCGGCUGAAGCAGACACAGAAACAGCAGGGGAGAGAGAGCUUUCCAGAGAUCAUAACGGAGCUGCCAACUGUCACAGUUACGGAGCUGCCUCUGGAUCGUAUCAAGAAUCGUCUGGAGUCUGUUAUUCUCGAGGAGAUACAGUCGCCGACGAGCAACAAGAGCGAGGAGCAACAACAUCAGCAGGAGCAGGAGGAGCAACCGUUGCUGCCACUGUUUGAAGCUGCCAAGGAAGUGCCUCAGAAGGAUGAACAAAUGCCGAAAAUCAAUGAUCCCGGGGGAGGCGUCGACCUGGAUGGAUUGCUUGCUUCAGCCGAGGCUGUAGGCGCCCCAGGAGACGGUGGCACUGGUAAUGUGACCAGCGAUGAGCAGCAGACUGGCGGAGCAGGAGAAGGAGCGGGAGAGGGAGAGGGAACUGCAAACGACACCGAGGCCAAGGCGAAUCUCACAAAAGCCAAUGAAGAGGUGCCCAUGCCGGUGUUCUCCGAGUGGGCGCAGAAACAGAUGGAGGCCGAGGCCAGUCGCGAGCAGGCCAUGGAGCUGGAACAGCAGGUGGCCAAUAACUCGGCCCAGCGGAGGAACAACACCGGAUCGGCGAGUGGGAAGCCAUCGACGCUGAAGCUGCGCUCCAAGAACUACGCCUCGCCCGACUGUGGGGCCAAGAUCAUUGCCUCGAACGGAGACGCCACCAACACGGGGGCCGUGCUGACCCAAUCGAGCGACGAGUACAUGCUGAGCAAGUGCGGCAGUCGCAUCUGGUUCGUGGUGGAGCUGUGCGAGGCCAUCCAGGCCCAAAAGGUGGAUCUGGCCAACUUCGAGCUGUUCAGCUCGUCGCCCAAGAACUUUACGGUGGCCGUUUCAAAGCGGUUUCCCACCCGCGACUGGAGCAAUGUGGGUCGCUUUGCGGCCGAGGACAAGCGCACGGUGCAGACGUUCGAGCUGCAUCCGCAUUUGUUUGGGAAGUUCGUGCGCGUGGACAUCCAUUCGCACUACUCCAAGGAGCAUUUCUGCCCGCUUUCCCUGUUCCGGGUGUUCGGCACCUCCGAGUUUGAGGCCUUCGAGACGGAGAUUCGGCCCAGCGACGAGCUGGACGACUUUGACGAUGACUUUGGUGGCGGCGGCCAGGAGCAGGGCAGCAGCCACAAGGCCACAGCCGGCGGCGGUGGUGGUGGCAUCUUUCAAAGCGCCUCCGAUGCGGUCAUCCAGAUGGUCAAGAAAGCCGGCGAGGUGCUGCUGAAACCCACAAAGGCCUUGAAAUGGUCACCAGAGUCGUUGCUCUGCAGAACACCCGCCCUCGGGGCAUUCAGCUGCUCCAGCUGCAACAGUACGCUGGUCGAGAGGAUCAACAGUCUGCUCUCGUGCCAGUUCCAGCAGCUGCAGGGCCUCCUCAAUCACAGCCAGCUGAGGUCCGAUCUUCUGCAGAGCCGCGUGUGCCUGGAGGAGUACGGCAUCAGUCUGAGGGGCAACCCAUCUGCCAGCGGGCUGGCCAAGCGUCAGAGCUACUUUCUGAGUGUGCUGCCGGCAGAGCAUGUGGGUGCCAUGUGCAAGCUGCUGCAAGCAGAGCAGAACAUCACAGUGGAGCAGCAGCAGAUGGAGGCCCCGCAACUGAAGCCGCCCCCAGAACAAGAGCAGGAGAAUGCCACAGCGGCGGGAGAGGCCAGCAGCCAGCAGGAGGUGAUUCGGGAAGAACUACAAGAAUCCCCGCCAAGCGGGGAAAUCGUGACGCCCGAGGCUGUGGCCAGCCAAGAGAUGCCUUCAAUCCGUGAGAAACCAGAUCCUUCAACGACCACAACAGCCUCCACAACGAACUCCACUCCCGCAGAUGUGAAUAUCUUCAAUGUGUCCGACGAACUGGAGGAUCUGGAAGUGCCUGUGGCGGCCCCACAGCCAACUGUCGCCGCUCCUGUCGUACCCACUUUGGUGGAGUCGCCCAGCGACUGGGAGACCUCUACCCUGGCACCCAGUUCCAGCGAAAUGCCGCUGGCCAAUGCAGAGCUGGCCAUCGAGGACGGCAGUCCCGCCAACUGGGAAAGCUUGGACAAUCUGCUGACCACCACAGUGGCCUCCAUAACCGCAGGAGGCAGUGCAGCCGUCGCCACUGCAGCAGCCAUUGCGGGGAAUGUAAAUGGCAACAAUUUGGGCGGAGCUGGUGCUGGUGCUGGAGUUGGAGUUGGAGUUGGAGCUGGAGCAGGAGCAGGAGGCAUCGGAUCCAAUGUGAAUCUGCAACAGAAACUAACAAAUGGCGCGCAGUCGGAGAGCGUCUUCAUACGCCUCUCCAAUCGCAUCAAGGCGCUCGAAAGGAACAUGUCGUUGUCCGGGCAGUAUCUGGAGGAGCUGUCGCGCCGCUACAAGAAGCAGGUGGAGGAGCUGCAGCAGACGCUUACGCAACAGACGCUGACGGUGCGCUCGCUGGAGGACCAGAGCAGGCGGUACAUCGAGCAGGAGCAGCUCUACCAGCAGCAGAGCGCCGAGCUGGCCGGCGAGGUACGUGCCCUGAGCUAUCAGGUGCAGGCCUGCAUUCUGGUCAUCAUCAUUGUGGGCACGUGCAUCUUCCUGAUGCUCGUCCUGGGCACUGUCUACUACCGCAAGCUGCGCCGCCAGACGCAGCAGCUCAAGGAGGAGCAGCCGUCCAGCCAUGCUAAGGUGCCCAAGCCGAAGCUGGAUCGCCGCAAAUCCUACGAACAGAUGCUCAACCAGUCCACGCCCAAGCAGCGGAGACCCAGCGAGGAGGCGAUGCUCAUACUGAAGGACUGUGGCGAUAGUCAGCUGGUGGGGGGCUGCCAGGAUCUGUCCAGCAGGCAGCGAAAGAUAUCCGUGUGCUAUGGCAGCAACAACAACAUUGCGGCCAAUAUGAUCACUGGGAACCCCAAUCUACGAGCUUCGCUGCACCGCCGAAAGGGAGCGAAACAUUCGUGGCACAACAGCCUGGACGCGGCGGCGAUGACAUCCUGUGCCGCCGAGCAGCUGGACACGUUCUUCGAUGCAGAACCUCUUGCAGAUACCCUGAAAAGCCAGAAGCAGCAGCCAUCGUCGUCGGCGGGAAGCAAGGCCGGCAGAAAGAAGUCCCUGCAGCAGCAGUUGGCCCUCAAGCGACAGGAGUCAGCGCCGGCCAGCAUGAUGCGGAAUGAGCUGGCCGAGGAGGAGCCGACAUCGCAGAGCGAUUUCGAUGAGAGUCUGAUGCUGGACGACGAUGAUUUGGCCAACUUUAUACCCACCAGCGAUCUGGCCUACAACGAGUUUAUGCCAGAGGGUCCCUCCGGAUAUCUCGUACUGGACGCGGUUGAUGGAGCACAGAAGCCGCUGGAGCAGCUCCAGAAGCAGGCAACAAAGAAGUCGUCGCGACGCCUCUCGUCGCCGGGCUUCUUCAAGUCGCCGUUCAGCAAAAGCAAGAACAAGGGUGGGAACUACAAUGGUUUUGGCGGGAUCAAGAACAGCCAUUCGGUGCACGAGUCCACCUCCUGGGAAUGGUAUCGCCUGAAGCGCAACGAGAAGCAGCAACAGCAGCCGAAUCACCAUUCAAAGCAGACCAAGAGCCUGCCCAACUCCAGUCUGGACAGUUCCUCCCUGUCGGAGGUGAAUUUCUCACUCAAUUCGAACUCCAACUCGACACAAAACUCAUUUCGCAUACUCGGCGAGGCCAUACGCUCCUCGGGGGAGAGCAUCAUUACCCCCAAUGGCAAUGGCAAUGGCAGCAGCUGCAGUGCCAGCGGCAGUGGCAGCAACAGCGGCGGCAGCACCACCUCCACCGCGAAGAAGAAGCAGCGCGCCUUCAAUAAUAUCUUUCGCAAAGUCUUUUGAUUUAUUUUUGAUUUUUAUAAGUCCCAGUGAGUUUUUUAUUGCCACUAGACCCUGCCCCCUUUUCAAUUGUGUUCACCAAGAAGUUCCCACGAAGAGAGCCAGAAAAUGGUUAAAGUAAUUGUUUGUAAAAAAUAAAUAUUUGUAUGGCCCUAAUUUCAUUUAAGAAGAGUUCCUUUUUUGUGUUGCAGACUAAACUGCAAGUGACUGUAAUGAAACAACAACAAAUUUAAGUAUAGUACUUAUUAUAUUUUGUAAUCCUUUCAGGCAUCCAACGAUGUGCGGGUGCGUGUGCCUUUGCUGCUAGAAACCGAAA